AUGAAGGCUACCGGCCACGAGGUGGCGCUGUUGCACAGCCAGCCAAUCGGGAAGGAGAAAGAGCAGGCACUCCUUGAGAAAUUGAAAAUGGACAACCAGAAAACCCAAGACCUGGAGAAAAAAAUUAGAAAAAGAUCGUCCCUUCCCACCCUUCAGGGACGCCCCCCGAUACCCAUCUACAGUCUUCGUCCAGCCGGACACCCGCCGUUUGUCAGCAACACAAGCCCGAGCUCACGCCCCGAGCGCUCCGGCGACAGUGGCCGUCUGGGAGGACGCCCCAGCGCCUCCCGCCUCCGUGCACGGCGCAUCCCCGCCGGCGGUCCUCCCGCCAAAGCCAGGCGCCUGCUCUCCGGUUUCCCUCGGAGCCUGUGCUCGCGCGGGACCCUCGCGUGUCCUGCCCCGCCUACGCCUGCUCACCCCGCAGAACCCCAUCGGCCGCGCGCGCCCUUCCACCCCCGGCGAGCGCGGCUGCACGAACCCACCUCCUCUCCCGACCCUCUGAGCUCCAGGCAGGCGCGGGACUCCCUCCCGCCGCAAGACUGCUCCUCUCCUCUCCCGGGUGAGGAGCCGUCCUGCCCCAGCUGUCCCGGGACCCACCGGCGCUCUGCCGGCAAACACCAACCCUUGUGA